AUGGCUGGGGAUACGAAGGGCAAUGAGGAGGUGGUACUUGAAGAUGAUCAGCAAAGUGAUUUAAGGACUCUUGCAGAGUUGCUUUGCUUUGAAGAACUUCCACCUAAAUGGACUCAAGAUUUUGAUUCCUUACACUCAAUAGGUAAGUUCAGCCCGCUGUUUAUGCCUAGUUUCAAUGAGGUUGAAACUGAAUGCAUGGAAGUCUUUGAGAAAAAGAAAAUGGAAACCAAGAAAAUCUUAGGAAACUUUGAUGGACAGAUUAGCCUUUCGGUGGACAUUCUGAGGUGUGAAAGUUACUUUGACCCUAGCUGCUGCGGUGAUUAUUUGUGCCUUUCAGCACAUUUUAUUGAUGAGAAUUGGGAACUGAAAAAGUGGGUACUUCAGUUUUCUUGUAUUUCGGUUUCGGUUUCGGGUCCAUCUGAUGAUUCCCUUCACAAAUAUGAAGAUUGGGGCAUUUUAAGGACGCUUGAAGAUUGGGGCAUUGAGAACAAGAUCUCCGCACUCACUCUGAAGAAUGAUAAUUGCAAUAAUGAAUUGGUUGAGUUUGUGAAAAGGCGCAUCCAAGAAAAUAAUGGUAAGCUGCUUCGUGUGUAUUGUUGUGCGGAAAUGAUCAGUGUAAUGGUGCAGGAUGCAUUUGACAAGAUUGAAGAUAUCGUUCACAAGGUUCGUCAGGUAUAUACUUUUAAUAUUGAUUACCCCUUCUGGUUUCUCAAAUUGGCAUACCUGCAAAUAGCUGUGAAGUCAUGGUCUACCAAAGAUGUGAUUGGUUCUAAUGACGUCGUACCUUCCCCAGAGGAAUGGAAGAAAGUUGAAGGUGUUUGUAAAAUUUUAGAGAACAUAAAUGAAGUAUCAGAUGCAUUAUUUUACACAACACAUCUAACUCCGAAUGUUUAUCUUUGUCACCUGCAUUGGCUUCCCAAAAUUCUGGCCAAAGUGUCCAUUGACUCAGAUAGUUUUAAUAGAAUAGUAGUUGAGGACAUGUCAAAAAAGUUCGAUAAGUAUUGGGAUGACAUGUUCUUGCUGUUGGCAAUAUCUGCAGCACUGGAUCCUCGAUUGAAGAUGAGAUAUAUUGAAUUUCUUUUUUCAAAAGUUAAGGAUAGGAACGGAAACUCACAAGUUGCAGUUGUUUUGGGGGCCAUUCACAAACUGUUUGAUGAAUAUGUGGUCCGUUUUCCGUUGCAAGACUACCAGCAGUUCAUCCAUUUGAAUGAUCACUCUAAAGAAAAAUCAGACUUGGAUUGCUAUUUGGAACAACCUGUCUUACGUGAUAGUAAGAAUUUUAAUGCAUUGGCUUGGUGGAGAAUCGCAGGCAUUGAGUACCCUACCCUUUCCCGGAUGGCACGUGAUUUUUUAGCCAUUCCAGUUUCUCUUGCAAGUAAAAUUGAGGCAUACUAUACUGUACCAAAGCCAGCUGAUGAUCAUUUAGUUCGGUUGAAGCCAGACUUGAUGAAUGCCUUGAUGUGUACUCGAAGCUGGGUAUAG